AUGAGGCUGUCAACAAGUGAAGAAAUCCCUACAACUACAGUUGGGCGUACACCAAGUCCCGGCGUGGGCGCUGUUGGUGCUGUAGGUGGUACAGAGUCCUACGAUGUAACGCGCAUGCGUGAAGAAGAAUUUGAAAGACUCACAGUAUACAUAGUUCCCGAUGUACCAUGCGAACGCGGAGUUCCAAACAGGGCUGAAAGAACUCUUCCGCGUAGUUUGGCUCUCAGGCCAUCUGCUGUACUAUCUACACCUAAUACACCGACAGAAGGUGUGUGGAGUACAGGAGUUAUUCCAAGAGGCACAAGAUUUGGUCCUUUUGAAGGAACGCGUACUCCAAAUAAACCAAAUGACAAAGUAUCUUGGCGAUAUUAUUGGAGGGUACAAGAAACUGUCAGACAUCAUACUUAUGGAAAUAUUAAGAUAUUCAAAGAUAGCGACUACUAUUACCUUGAUGGGUCGGACACGAGCGUUGCAAACUGGAUGCGGUAUGUGGCGUCAGCAUACUCACUCUCCGUAAUGAACCUCGUUGCUUGUCAACAUCAAGAAUAUAUUUACUUUUACACAAUCCGGGAUAUUAUGCCAAACGAAGAACUUAUGGUGUGGUAUUGCAAAGAUUUUGCAACAAGGCUUGGUUAUGACAUUGACCCGGAAAGAGCAACAUAUUCUAUUUGUAAAGAAGAAACCAUAAAGAAAGCUUACGGCUUGCCACCUGCACCAGUGCAUCCAGAAAUCGCUUUUAAUCAUAUGAAAUAUGUACUUGGUCUCACAAAUGCUAAAGAACUUUUAGAGGCAGAAAUUCCAUGUAGGCGAAGAAAGCGUGAAGCAAGUGACAAAUCAAUACAUGAAAAUAAUAAUGUUCAGUCACGGGAUGAACUUAGGAAUAUGAUUAAAAAUGAAAGAAUAGUUGUAAGAUCUGACAUUCCUUCAAAUAUUAUUCAUCAGAAAUCAGAUGUUGUUAUGAAUGAACAUCCAUCAAUGUCACCAAACAAUUUAAUGCAACCACCAUCACCAGUAAAAGCGCAUCACAGAGACAAUCAGACUUUGAUCAUACAUCAACACAAGGAAAGCACAUCACAUGUUGUUAUUCAUCAACUCGACAAUCCUAGACUCUACAGUAAUCGAUCACCUGCUCAAAAUAUUCACAUGAGAGAUACCGGUGGACCUUCUCUGAUGCCACCAAAUAUACCAGAUAAGCUAGGUAGUAAAUCGCCCAGCUUUACUCAUUGUGUACCAACACAUUACGAACACCAGUUAACACCUAACGAUGGUUCAGUGAGAUCGGAUGAAGGCUACCACAGUAAUGGAUACCACGAUGAAUUCACUCCACCAGAAGACUCAAGUGACUCUGAUACAGAAAAUUAUGUGUUAGAUUUUUCAAUAAAAACCAAUGAACCGAAAGAAUCUGUUAUAGUUCAAAAAGUCGAUCAGGAUAUGCACAGAAAUGAAUAUAGAAAAGUUAAGAUAAAAAUGCCCAGAGCUUACGCUCUUAACAAAGAUAUGGACUGUGAAAGUGAAAAGGAGGUAAUGAUAACCGACGAAAUCAUAAAUAGUCCACCUCAAAAUUUAUCGCCACCACGUCGUGACCCUGCUACAUCUACUGUUAUUGUUCUAGAGUCGUCUCAAAAUACAGUGGUUCCAAUAACUAAACCAUACUAUGAAGAUGGAACCGUUUCACCAACUCCACAACCGGCAUUCAUGAGAUAUUCGCCACCUGAUACUAGAAUCCUUGAAACCAUUUUAACAGGAAAUAGAAUUGACACAAACAACAAUGAUCCAAAUAGAAGACAACCAAACGCUACUCCACCGCCUUCAUCGCCAACAGAAAUGGCAUAUUCCUAUAAAAAAAGCCAAAGGUAUGGUAAUGCCUGUAGUCCUGAUUCUAGUUCAAAUUUAACACCUUUACCAUCCCUACUACCAUUACCACAGCAGUUACCAGCACCAAAUUCAGUUUCUGUUUACUCUUCAUCGCCUCCACAUUCAAUCCCUCACACAACGGAAAUUCGGGAAAUUAGAGAGAUCAGAGAAAUACGGGAAACAAGAUAUGAAAGUCAUUAUCCUAACUAUUCUUAUAGCCUAUACUCGCCGCCUAACUCGACAAUAAUAACGCAGUUGGGCUCCCCACCUAGCACAUAUUCUCCAGUGUCUUCUUCACAUCAGUACGAGAGAGGUCAAAACGGGCAAAGCAAUCAUCAUUUUCCGUCCUCAACUAGCGUUAUAACGCUUAAAAAUUGUUCCCAAUUGAGCCUAAUUCAAAAUUCUAAUGUGAAUGGUCAACUUGUACCACAACAUAGUAGUAUGAGCCCAGAUGGUACGUGCAGUUUAAUGGUCGCGCCAAUGAGUCCUAAUUCACAAUCUUCACGGGGUUAUAGAAGCCUACCUUAUCCUUUGAAAAAGAAAGACGGAAAAAUGCAUUACGAAUGCAACGUAUGUUGUAAAACUUUUGGCCAAUUAUCGAAUUUAAAGGUGCACUUAAGAACGCAUUCAGGCGAACGACCUUUCAAAUGUAAUGUUUGUAAUAAAUCAUUUACACAACUGGCUCAUUUGCAAAAACACCACCUAGUACACACAGGUGAAAAACCCCACCAAUGUGAUAUUUGCAAAAAACGGUUUUCGUCUACAUCCAAUUUAAAGACACAUUUACGUCUCCAUUCAGGCCAGAAGCCGUACGCUUGCGAUUUAUGCAUGCAGAAAUUCACGCAAUUUGUACAUUUAAAACUUCACAAGCGAUUGCACACCAACGAUAGGCCUUAUGUUUGUCAAGGAUGUGACAAAAAAUAUAUUAGUGCCUCAGGUCUUCGUACUCACUGGAAAACCACUAGCUGCAAACCGAACAACAUCGAAGAGGUUCUCGCAAUCACUAACGCCGCAAACACUGAAUGCAUAGGUAAUGUCGACAAAGACUGCCACGAUAGAGAGGGGCACGAAGCAUACGAGGUGCACUCGGCAUCGCAAGGAGGGCUGGUGGGAGCCGGUGGGGCGCGUGUGGCGAUGUCGCACGGCGAGACUAUGAUGGGAGGGCAAGCGCACUCUACCACACCGCAUCUGGCCUUAGGUCACGGGCAGCUUUCACCCGGCCCCGGAAGCCAGUACAGGUCAUUGCUGCCUACGAACUCCGAUCAUGAGCAACAUUAUAGCUCUGCGGGCGGAGAGACCAGGCCGAGCGUAAUAGAGUCGAGCCAGCCUCUCAUCAUCGAGUGCACC